AUGGACUCUUUCGAUAGUGUGCUCGCCUCACCGACUAAAGCUCGCCAGGCUGCUAUCCAAGCCAAAGAUUGGGCGUACGUGAACUCCUGGCUGAGUCGACAAUACGCGCCCAAGCCAGUACCCCCGUUCGAACGGAACGAAGAUACUCUCAAAGUUCUUCUGACAUUGGCAGCUGCCAAUGACGCCGCCGAUGAAGAAGCUCUUUUACAACAUUGCGCACGCGAAGAAUCUAUUCAAUUAUUCAAGCUACAAGAAGAAGCAGCACGCAAGGACGCACAUGAGCGACAGAAGAAUGAGAUCCUAGAGGAAGUGGAACUGAGCAUGGAGCACCAAGGCAGACACGAUCUGGAUGAUCUAGCCGAGGCAGCAGUCGUUCUGGGCAACACAUUGGAUCCAGAUCCUGCUGAUCUGGGCCAGUCUAUCGUCGAGCUCACUAUGGAGGACUUCGAUGCACAAGAGCAAAUGGCCAAGGUAGAAACGUUGCAUAGGUACCUCCAAAAAGAAUUAUCGCGGCUACAUGCGGAGCUCGAAGAUCUCAAGUCUGACAAGGCUUAUGAGACUCCGUCAGAUAUUCAAAGCUUGACUUCUGAGUGGACGCGGGGUACGAAGACACUGGCCAAGAAGGUCGGUGAAUAUCAGGACCGCAUCGCAUCUCUCGAACGAAACCAGCCGAAAGGUCCCACUAUUGGCGAGCUGAUGGCGGAAGAAGAGAAAGUCAUCCGGCUAAGUGAGACAGUCAAGGCUCUAGAAGGAAGGGUGAAAGCUUUUCACGAUCUUCCCAAAGACGUACCAGGGGCACGAGCCAGGUAUAAGGAACUAGAGCGUGACCUCAGUCAACUCACACGGCAGCGUGAUACUAUGUUUGGAAGCUUAGUGCGGCACCGAUGA